AUCUCAAUUUCCCUCUCUCUCUUUCUUUUAUUUCUCUCCACUUUUCGAAUGGGCAAUGCAGUCUCUCCAUGUCUUAUCUCCAUUUCCAUCUCCCUCCGCCGCCAUCGUCCCUCCGCCGUGAAGCUCGUCUUCACCGAUGGCCCCACCAAAUUCCUCGUCGGUAACCACCACUUCGCCGGUGAGAUUAUGUUCCAAUUUCCUGACAUGAUGGUCUGCCAUGCCGAAUCCUUCUUCAUCGGUCACCCAAUCCCAUCUCUAUCCAUCGACGACGAGCUUCUUGUUGGCGAAACCUACUUGGUUCUCCCCAUCGACCGGUUUGCCUCCGUCGAUGUUCUCUCUACCUCGUCUCUCGCUAUGAUUGGUGCAGGUAACAUGUCGGCGGAGAAAUUCUCCGGUCCGUGCCCGUUCGAGUACGUACGAGGCACAAAUGGGAGAGUUUUGAUUAAGGUGAUGCCGGAGUUUAUUGUUAGGUUGAUAUCUCCGGCAGCCGUGGACGGCGGAGAAAGCGGCGGAGGAGGUGGUGGGUUUCUUUGUAGUACGCCGGAGUUGAAGAAACAUUACGAUCAACUUGUUGGAUCAACGAAAGGGCAAGUUUGGUCGCCGAAAUUGGAGACUAUAUCGGAGUAUAAAAUUAGGUAUUCGCCUUGUAGAUUUGUAGGGUUUAAACUUAAACAAAAAGAAGGCUAAAUAAGUCAUUUCUUCUUUUCUUUUUCUUUUUCUUUUUUUUCUUCUUUUUUGGUGAAUUGUACAAAAGGAUAGCGAAAUUUGAGUAAUAUUAUUAACUCUUAUUCUUA